CCCAUUAAAAAUAAGGGAAGCUUCUUUGUAUAGCACUUUUGCAUUUUCUUGAAUUUCCUUGUUAGGAUUACCUUUGCGAGGCUAGUCUGAUAGGAUUUUUGUCUGAGACAGUUAGUGGCAAUGUUGUAUCUUACUACUAUUUCGUUUUUCAUAGUGCCGGGUCUAUUUACUGGCUAUCGCUUUUGCUUUGCAUUUAUUUUCUGGUUUUCAUGAUGUUAUUUUCCUAUGGGGUAUCUGUUGGAUAUGGUCUCUUUUCCUCUUCUUUAGUCGAGGGUCUUUUGGAAACAACCUCUCUACUCCCUUGGGGUAGGGGUUUGACCUGUUCAAAAAGUAAAGGGAAGAUAAAUGUCACGUUCAGAGGAAGGUUCAUAGAAAAGUGCUUAGGAAAUUAUCAGAUGACUUUUCUUCCAACAAUUGGACCAAUGAGAAGCUGAAUGCUGAAAAUAGUGAUCUAGUAACAUUGUUGCAAAAACUUUUACAUUGGAGGAAUUAGCCAAUGCAACCAGAAACUUUCGAGAUGAUUGUCGUCUCGGACAAGGAGGCAGUAGAAGAGUAUAUAAGGGGCAUAUUGACGAACAGGUUAGCCGCAAAACAUACUCGUGCACCUUUCUGAGAUGAGCUCAGCUCCGAAUACUGAUAUACAUAUAUAUUGUUUUUGUUCUGUUUUACUUUUGUGAUGGGACGCUCGUUUGAGUUUAUUUUCACAAGAGAAAUCAAAAUCAAAGCAUCUUCCCAUUAUGUUGGCCAUUUCUGGAGGUGAUCCAUACAAGUUUGGUUCUAUUAUGCACUUUUACUAUGCUUUUUCCCCUUAACAAUUAGAUGAAACAGAGUACAACAACAACAAAUUCAGUGCAAUCCCACAGGUGGGAUUGUGUAUGCAGAUUUUAAACCUAUCCAGCGAAGGUAGAGAGGUUGUUUCCAAUAAAAGGAGAAGAAAGGAAGCACUAGCAACAAACAGUAACAAACAUCAUAAUAAAUUAGACGGAACAGAGUAAAUAAAUCAAAAUAGUACACUAGGAUCAUUUGUUAGUUAUUCGUAUGUUUCUUUGUAGAAUAGACUUCAUGGAUUUGAAUUAUGACACUGCAGGUUGUUGCCAUCAAACAGGUUGAUCAAAAUGGCAACAGGAAAUUUCUUGUUGAAGUGUUGAUGUUAAAUCUGUUACACCAUCCUAAUAUUGUACAUCUAAUCGGCUACUGUGCUGACGGAGAUCAUAGACUUCUGGUUUACAAAUACGUGCCGCUAGGAUCAUUAAAAGACUAUAUUCAUGGUAAAUUAUCACACUAUUUGAUUACUACUUCAGAUAAAGAUAACGGGCAGCCCGGUGUACUAAGCUCUCGCUAUGCGCGGGGUUUAGGGAAGGGCCGGAUCACAAGGGUCUAUUAUACGCAGCUUUACCUACAUUUUUGCAAGAGAUUGUUUCCAUCGCUCGAACCCAUAACCUCCUCAUCAGAUGACAACAACUUUACCAGUUACGUCAAGGUUCCCCUUCCUAUUUCAAAUAAAGAUAUGGUUUUAAAAUUUAUUGAUUUAUGUGCAGAUUCUUCACCUGGUAAGAAACAACUUGAUUGGGACACUAGAAUGAAAAUUGCUAUUGAAGUAGCAAAGGGAUUGGAAUUCUUACAUGAUAUAGCACAGCCACCUGUAAUACACCGUAAUAUCAACUGCUCUAAUAUCUUGCUUGAUGAGGGAUAUCAAGCCAAGAUAUCUGGUUUUAGCUUGGCCAAACUAGGGCCUAUAGGCGGCAAACGCCAUGUAUACGUGAAAUUCCAGGGCGCGAUUGGGUAUAGUGCACCUGAGUAUGUCAUGACUGGUGAGUUGAGUGUAAAGUCGGAUAUUUACAGCUUUGGAAUUGUCCUUCUGGAGAUCCUUACUGGGAGAAAAGCAAUAGAAAAUUCAACAGAUGGAGAAGAGUACAAUCUGGUUGAAUGGGCAAGUCCAUUGAUCAAAGAUCAGAAAUUCUCUGAAAUGGCAGAUCCAACGCUUCAAGGCAAUUAUCCAGCAAAAGGUUUACAACAAGCUCUUAUAGUCGCAGAAAUGUGUGUUCAAGAGCAACCUACAAAACGUCCCGCCAUAGCAGAGGUGGUCACAUUUUUGACUCACAUUGCUUCAGGAAAGUAUGAUUCUGAAAGUCAGGAUGUUCAAAACGCAACCUAAACAUCUCCUAAUGCUCGUCGAGAAUGUGGGCAAUUAGUGAUUGCAGGCUAGGUUAAAAAGAAUCUGAACUAGCACAAGCAGCAACAACAACAACAAACUCAGUGUAAUUUCACGAGUGGGUCUGGGGAGAGUAGUGUAUACGCAGACCUUACCCCUAUCUUUAAGAAGAUAGAGAGGUUGUUUCCGGUAGACCAUCAGCUCAGGUAGAACCUCUGCUCAGGAAAGAUCUGAACUAGCAUAAGCAUUUCGUCAAAAUUUUGUCGAUACAAUGAAGAUAGUAGUAAAGCUUGUUAUCCUCAAUAGUCUAUUAUUUUAUGAACUAACACAUGUAUGUAUUCUGAAACAAGAUAUGAUACAGGAAUAUGAACAUAUACAUGGAAACUUCGAUAUUUUCUA